CAUUACUGCAGCUGUCUGAAUGCUCUGGCGGGAGACAUCACAGGUUGUAUUGUCUGUCGGUUGUGCCAAAUGACCUCUCUUUAACAUCUUUAUGUUAUUGUAGAUCCUUUCUUUUAAUUUGGGAGUAAUCCCCUGCUUUAACAGUAUAGUGCACGUUAUUGGACUUUUACAACAGAAUUGCUGGAAGCUAACAGAAGGCAGUGAAAUCGAGUCGUUACGUGUUAUUUUUAUUUAAAACGUCAGUUGGGUAUUUGGGUUCCCUUCUAUAUUCAUCGGUCUUCCAUUUUUGGUGGUUUAAUUUCAGCAUUUACGUUGCUUGAUAGUAUAGUAUAGUAGAGAUAUGGCAAAAGUGCAAGUGCUAAAUGUAGCUGUCCUGGACAACCCAAGUCCAUUUGGAAACCCGUUUCAGUUUGAAAUAACGUUUGAGUGCAUGGAGGAUCUUCCUGAGGACCUCGAAUGGAAGAUUAUUUACGUGGGAUCGGCAGAAAGUGAGGAACAUGAUCAAACUCUUGAUUCUGUUCUUGUUGGCCCAGUACCUGCUGGUCGACACAUGUUUGUGUUUCAGGCGGAAGCUCCAAACUCUGCUCUAAUACCUGAAAGUGAUGCUGUGGGUGUUACGGUUGUUCUAAUCACAUGCACAUACAGAGGACAGGAGUUCAUACGCAUUGGCUACUAUGUUAACAAUGAAUAUACAGAUGCUGAGCUUCGUGAGAACCCUCCCCUGAAGCCUAACUAUGGACAGCUCCAGAGAAACAUCCUGGCUUCAAACCCACGUGUAACCAGAUUUCACAUAAACUGGGAAGGAUGUGCAGAGAAAAUGGAGGAUUCAGAGAAUGUGGAUCCCACACCUAACGUCAUGCUGCCCCCAUCCUGCACCCCGGGUAAAGCACCUCCACUCGGCCUGGUGCCAGACAACUCCAUGGACUGUUUGUAGUGACGCAAGCUCUUGUGAUUAAUCCUGCCAUCUCAAGGCUCAUCCAUGAGCUCGGGUCAAUCUGGACAGUGUGGAGAAGAGGCGGGUUACUCGAAUACAUCAAUUAUUGGAAAAAAAGGUUAUUCCUAAUUUUGUCACACCUAUCGAAAACAAAUGAGUGGUGUGGGCAGUAUGGCAGAUCUAAUGUCUGGCAUACAAUGUAAAUAUUUGCUUUUCAGUUAAGAACAUGAAUGGAGUGAGAGCUGGCGAGUCAAGUCACUAACACAUGAUUUAAGUAUUAGGAUGCGCUUCAUCUAAUGCCGCAGCUCUCGCGACACAUCAACCUUUUGAUCCAAAACCAAUCUAUUCUCAAACCUAAAGGGAAUGGAAGAUCAGCUCAGUAUUCAAGAUGUCAAAUGUGUAAUUGACCAAACAGCAAUACAGGUUUAAACUACAAAUGGUUGCAUCUUCUCUGGACAUUAUUUUUGUAUGUGGGACUGUAUUAUAUUGUAUAUAUAUAUGUAUGUCUCUUUGUAUGCCAGUUCACAUUGAAAUAAAUGUUUUGUUACAUAAUAAUGCUCAUUGAAGUUGUGCUAUUAUUUGAGAGGUAAAUCUGUGAUCUGCAGAGUGGAUGCAGCUGUGCAGUCUUUUCAUUCAUAAAACUGUUGUGAUGCAUUAUGCAGGAGUUCACCCCCUGCACCAUGUUUGGAGUGAUAGAAGCCGCUUGCUUGUUGUUGCUUAGCAACGCGGACUGUUGCUGCAUCUGUGACAAGACCUCAAAGCAACUGCCGCUUUCUUGCUUCAUUUGAUCGUCCGUCAAUAAAUCGGUGCUUAAUUUGAGCAUCUUCGUAUGCCUUUCUCGCCUCUUUAUUUUAUUGCAAAAUGGAGUUGCUGAACAAAGCAUGCAACAUGCUCAAACGUUUGCGUGUUUCCUGCAAGAUACAUCUGUUGCGAUGCGAAUGAAGCACUUCACCCAACUCCGUUGUCAAGCGCAAUACAUAUACAUACGCAUAUGACCCCAGUGUGGUUGUUUAGCAGAAGACCGAUCUCGUUUUAAUAUUCCACAGGCGUAGGGUGUCCGCGUGCCUCAAAUUCUGACCAACUUUCUAAAAAUAGACCGUCUUGACGUCAUACAGCCUAUCACGGAUUAGUCUAGCGGGAGGGGCGAACGGCGCGGCCAUUUCGCUAACAAACAGGCCACCGCGGAUCAUCAAAGGAUUAUGAAUGAAACCGAUUCUGUAUUGCGAAACCAAAAUAUCGUAGCCGCUCACACGAACACGAAGAGAACACAGAAACGUCUUGUGUUAAUGAAUUGAAAAUACAUGACGUUAUUUGUCAGAUUCCGAGGGUGGGAUAAAAUUUCAGUGACAGAUAUCGCUUAUCCAAUCGCCGCUAACCGUGCGCUGGAUUUCUGACCGCUCGUCCAAUCGGCGUCCAUCAUUGAUAGAGCGUCACGAUCUUGGCGACCAAUAGAAAUCGCACGGGGGCGGUUACUGUUGAAGCAGGAGUUCCCUCUAGCUGUGGUUAGAGGAUUAAUGGAGGGGUCUGACUGUCGAAUUAUGCGAACUACAUAGUGUACAAGAUCGAUUCGCUUCAUCAACGUAAACAAGUAUACGAUCACGGUGCCGAUAAGGUACGGAAACGCAUCCGUCCUGCGACAAGAAUCGCGCACGGACGGUAAAAAUAAGGGCUUGUGUCGCUCGAGAGGAAAGCAGAGGGCCUCGCAGAGGGUUAGCAAAGCGAGGAAGAGAAGAAGGAUACGGGUGCUUGGUGCUGUUUCAACGGUUUGGACCCGACCCAGCAGAGCUGAGAGACAUUACCGAACCACGAGCAUAGAAAUCAAACUACUACAGUUAGCUAGCUAGCGCUCGCUAGCUAGCUAACCAACCAACUAACCAGCUACUAUCCACCUCCAGUAUUUAGAUCGGUGAUCUGACAGCAUACGGCUAUCCAGCGAGUUAUGAGUAGAGAUAGCUAGUGCAGCAGCAUCAGAAAUCGUAUGAUCGGUAAGGGGACGAGGUCUGAAGACAGUUGACACGCAGUAAAGUCGAUUUAAAGGAUCUGG